GAAUGCGCGGUUGGGAACGUGCAAGUGGGUCGCACGCCCCCUUUGUCUAGAGGAGAAACUGAGGCCCAGCGAUGUCAGGAAGCCAGUGGGUUCUGCGAGGAUCUGGGUUCUCCUUUUUCUCCCCCAUCACAUCCUAGCUAUUUCAUCCACCCAUUCAUCCAUUCACCCCCGCCUCCCGCCCACCCAGCUUGCCAGGUAACCCCUGCGGGGCUGCUGUGAUCAGGGCCUGGUUAAGGAGAGGGUUGAGCUGAGGGGCUUCAAGGCUUUCCCUGGAAGUGGGGAGAGGUGGGAGAGCGUUUUUUGCUGAGAGGAUGCUGGCAUAACUGGGUUAAGGCGAGGAGUUCACUUCUCUGAGAAUUGAUAGAUUUAUGGAUGGGAAGUGGGGGAGAUGAGGAUGGACAGGAAGGCAGGGGCCAGACCUGCUGGGUCUCCAUUCGGGGAAGUGGUGAACCCUGGAAGGGUUUGAAGCAGCAAGAGACAUGCCAAAUUUUUUUGGACAGAGAUCCCUAUGCCCUGUAAUCUUUGCCCCAUGCAGUUCAGAGGAUAAAAACCCCAAGAUGGAAUGGGCCUGUGCCCUUUUCAGGGGAAACCCAUGACCACCUGAACUUUAAUUAGCUGGCUUUUCUCUCUUAUGCCUUCUACCUGAGAUACAAGUAAAUCGACUCCCACAGAUGAAGUCACAUCUUAACCCUGAUGACAUGGACACCUCCAUCUCCAAGCCAGUCCUGAGUGUCCACUUCCUUCUGGGUGUCUCCAGAUAGAGCUGUCUUCCUGGGCUCCCCCACUUCUCACCUCCCAGUAUUCCUCAUAUCACUCUGGAUCAGUCUAUCUAUUGAGCACCUGCUACAAGUCUGGCAGUUUGGGGCACUGAAGAUCAAAAACCCAGGGAGGGCCAUGAAGGUGCUGCUCCUUACAGGGCUGGGAGCCCUGUUCUUUGCCUAUUACUGGGAUGACAACUUUGACCCAGCCAGCCUCCACGGAGCCCGUGUGCUACUGACCGGAGUCAGUGCCGGCAUAGGGGAAGAGCUGGCGUAUCACUACGCGCGCCUGGGCUCCCACCUCGUGCUCACUGCCCACACCGAAGCUCUGCUGCAGCAGGUGGUAGGGAACUGCCGGAAGCUGGGCGCUCCCAAGGUCUUCUACAUCGCUGCGGACAUGGCCUCCCCUGAGGUGCCCGAGCGCGUGGUGCAGUUUGCGCUGGACAAGCUGGGAGGGCUGGACUACCUGGUGCUGAACCACCUCGGCGCCGCCCCAGCAGGCACGCGGGUCCGCAGCUCCCAGUCGACACGUUGGCUCAUGCAGGCCUUCGCCCCUUCCCCAUCUGGGCUUGGAUUCCUCCUCCGCCUGGUGACUCGCAGUCGCCACCUCCAGAUGAACUUCCUAAGUUAUGUGCAAUUGACUUCUUCGGCGCUGCCAAGCCUGACUGACAGCAAGGGCUCCCUGGUGGUGGUAUCCUCAUUGCUCGGCCGGGUGCCCACUUCCUUCUCCAGCCCCUACUCGGCAGCCAAGUUCGCGCUGGACAGCUUCUUCAGUUCUCUGCGGCGGGAGCUGGACGUGCAGGAAGUGAACGUGGCCAUUACCAUGUGUGUUCUGGGUCUCCGAGAUAGUGCCUCAGCCGCCGAAGGAGUCAGGGGCAUCACGAGGGUCAGGGCGGCUCCAGGGCCCAAGGCAGCCCUGGCCGUAAUCCGCGGAGGCGCCACGCGUGCCUCCGGGGUCUUCUACCCGUGGCGCUUCCACCUGCUCUGCCUGCUCCGCAGUUGGAUGCCACACUCAAGGGCCUGGUUCGUCCGCCAGGAGCUCAAUAUAACGACGCCCGCUGCUGCCUGAGCCUCUGGGCUUGAAGCCCCUUCAUCUUCCCAGAAGACCCUCCAGCCAACCGUCAUGGAGCUGGGACACACACUGAAGACACUUCUGAGCAGGUGGUCAAGGGCCAAGAGAGUCAUCAAGACACAAAAAAGUAAACCCGAGAAAAACUACCAGCACUUGAAAACAAGCAGAACUCGGAGUGUACCAGGCAUCUUGUCACAAAGUCGGAAGUCAAUUACCUCAGUCUUCUUAGCUGUUACUGAUGAUACGAGAGUUGCUUCCAUUUUGCAGAUGGACAAACUGAGGCUCAGAGAGGUGAUGUGACUUGUCCUAGAGCCCCGGCCCCAUCAAACAGAUCAUACCACCACUGAGCCACCCUUGGAGCCCGCUCUAUCUGUGACCUGAAUCCACUGCCUCCCACUUUGUUCUUUCCACUCAGUCAGCCUCAGAGCAUCCUCCAACCCUUUCCCCAAGCAAGGGAGCCCCUGAAGCUCUCGAGUUGCUCUUGGGGUCUGAGGAGAGGGAGGAGUAAAGGAACAUGUUCUAGGCUAGGUCCAGCCUCCCAUUUGAUAAUAAUAAAAUCCUUCUUCCCUUGCA